CGGGCGGGAAGCGGCGGGGGAGCGGCCUCUGCCCCGGGCCGGGGCUGGCGGCGCCGCCGGGCGAUGGAGUUCCCUAGGCAGCGGCUGCUGGUGGUCAGCGAGGAGCUGGACGAGGCCGAGCUGGCGGCUCUGAAGUUCCUCAGCCUGGAUCAUGUCCCCAUGAGGAAGCUGGAAGCCGUCCAUAAGGCACAGGACUUCUUCGAUGUGCUGCAGGAGAAAGGCAUGAUCGAGGUGGGGAACCUGUCCUUCCUGAAGGAGCUGCUCUACCGCAUCAGUCGGAUGGACCUCCUGGCUGCCCAGCUGGGCUCCAGCCGAGAGGAGAUGGAGAGAGAGCUUCGGAUCCCAGGCAGGGCAAAGGUGUCGGCCUACAGAAACCUGCUCUUUCAGCUGUCAGAAGACAUCACCAAAGAUGAGCUGAAGUCUUUCAAGUUUCUUUUGGGUGAAGAAUUACCAAAAUGCAGGCUAAACCCUAAGACUACAAUGCUCGACGUCUUCAUUGAGAUGGAGAAGAAGGGGAUUUUGGGAGAAGAUAACCUAGGAUUCCUGAGGAAUCUCUGUGCAGAAAUUAACAUCAGCCUGUUGAAGAGAAUUGAAGAGUAUGAAUUAAACCUAUUUGGUAAACAAAACAAAACAAAAAGGCCUCUUACCUAUGUGUCACUUCAAGAACAACUACUGGAAUCAUACAGGACUAAUAAUGAAUGCAUUUCAGGUGAAGAAGAGAUGCUCAUCACAGAGAAACACAGGGGCAGCACAGGAGCCCAUGCCAGAUGGCCGGCAUCAUCUGUGGCACCUGAUUCUCCUGGCAGUUGGAAUGAAUCUUCCCAGCUUGAAGCUUACAAAAUGACUAGCCUGCCCCGUGGAGUGUGCCUGAUCCUGAAUAAUCACAGUUUUGCAAAAGCCAGGGAAGCGGUGCCAGAACCGAAAAACAUGAAGGAUCGGAAUGGGACUGACGUGGAUGCAGCGGCUCUGAAAAGAGUCUUUACCAAGCUUCAUUUUACAAUAGAAGAACAUAAAGACCUCACCGCAGAUGAAAUCCGUAAGACUGUGGACAUCUACCGGUGCAUAGACCACAAGGAUAAAGACUGUUUUGUUUGCUGUGUCCUGUCUCACGGGAAAAAAGGCAUUAUAUAUGGUGUUGAUGGGCAGGAAGUCCCUAUCCAGGAACUGACCACUUCUUUCACCGGACAGAAUUGCCGCUCGCUUGCUGGAAAACCAAAAGUCUUUUUUGUUCAGGCCUGCCAAGGUGAUGCUUGCCAGAAAGGUGUGAUGAUUGAAACAGAUGCUGGAGAGCAAGAUUAUUCUGUAGAAACAGAUGCAAGAUUUCAGCUUGACUGCAUCCCCGCAGAGGCAGACUUCCUUUUGGGCAUGGCUACCCUGCAAGAUUACGUUUCCUACAGAAGCCCAAGGGAGGGGACCUGGUACAUACAGGCAUUGUGCCAGCAUUUGGAGUCCAGCUGUCCUCGAGGAGAAGAUAUUCUUACCAUCCUGACAGCAGUGAAUCAAGAGGUGAGCAGAAAGAGUUGCAAGCCAAAUGCAGAGAAGCAGAUGCCACAGCCCAGUUUCACACUUAGAAAAAAGCUCAUCUUUCCUGUCAACUAAAUGGGAGGGAACUCCAUGGUGGAGGGGGCUGCAGCAGCCUGAAACGGGCUGGUAUCAGCUAAGAAUUUGGUAAAACUUUCAGUAUCUGUUCUUACCAGAAGAGCAACAGUUUUUAUCGAAAGGCUUUUGCACCUUGGCUGUAUUUAAGAAAUGAGUGUUACUACGUAUGACACUAUACUUGAAAGCAUCUCUGAGCUGGUCUCUGUAUUGUGGUUUGCUAGCUAAAAUACACUUAGGGUCUUCUGGUGGCUGUACCACACUGCUGUUGCUUUAGUACGGUAUCUUUCCAAUGCGAAUUUUGAGCCCACUGUUAUGAAGCCUGGUGUAUUUUAUGGCUAAACUUUGCAAAAUAAAGAGGGGGGGAGCUGCAAAUUUUAUAGCAUGUAAUCAGCUCGCA